AACACCGUCCUGCUUCCCGCUGAACUCAACUCAUCAUCACCCCAUCAACGGACGAGGUGUUCAUUCAUUAAUGAUACCUACUUCUUUCUAGAAUCUACUAGACAACCUAUCAAGAAGGUCUCACUUAUACCUUCCCCUAGCAACAAUACUAUCUCGCGCUAUUUGUUCACAACCUUCCGACGUACUCAAGGCCACCACAUUUAUUUACGUGAGACACCUCACAUAUCAUUCCUUCAGCCUAGAACCAUCUUCGACUAGCUGUUGCGGUGAAACACACUUCUACUCUCCCCUGCCACUAAGAAAAGGCAAUCGACAACGGGCAAGAAAAUAAGACACCAAUAUAAUGACGUCCUACUAUACAAACCACCCGACCUAUAUGGGCCAUUCGGGCUAUUCGGGCUAUUUAUGUCAGUGUGGAGCACCGCUGGAUAUACGAUACCAAAAUAGCCCCCAAUACCAAAUUUCAUCGCAAAUUGAAUACGCCGGCGGAUACUGCCACGCUUGCUAUAGACAAGUUCCUCUUUACCGGGCGAGAAUUCCUAAUCUCACGUCAAAUCCUGCGUCAUAUCCCCAUACUCCCUGGUACAUAGAUAACGGUUAUUUUUCUACCGGAUCCGACGUUUACACUUGGGGGUCACAGCGCCAGCUUUACCAACACCCCGGCAUACCACCACGUGUCAGUCAUACAUACUACUCUCUCCAGACGCGGUAUCCCAGCUUCACCUCCAACACGAGUUACUACCAAAAUGGGUAUGAUAUACCUCGCAGCACAGAACCUAGGCAGCAAUGGUCUGCCGGCCGCAGCGAAUAUCCUAGAUCCCCUCUUAACGACGAAACUCGGGGACGCAGAAAGUCGCCAAACGUACGUCGCCACUACUCCCGUGAACGGCGUGAACGGGAGCGAAGCUAUUCAUGGGAAAGAUCCAGUGGCACCCAGGCCGAUGACGAUUCCAUAUAUUCGGCUAGGACAGUUGGUAGCUGGACGACACGGGCGACUGCUGGAAGUCGUCGAAGUAGUAGCGCAACCAGCAGAAGCACUAUCAAUUGCACACCCUCGCCACAACCCGACGAGGAUAAUAUCGGCGCUGCUUAUCCUUGCGAGAUAGAGGAUAAACAGAAGGAUGCGGUGGAAAAGGACGACGAAGAAGAAGAGCCCUUUACAGUUACAAGGGACGGCAAGUUCGUUCUGCUCGGGGAGCAGUGGCAAGUGCCGUCCCGCACUGAAGCAAUAAGUGAAGCUGGCGAGCCUGUGGGAUACUGUGAUAUCAUCUCGACCCACGAGAUGAUCGAUAAGGACGGGAAUACGAUUGAAGUCGACAUCAAGGAGAAGAACUGCAAAGUAUCACGGACUAUGUCGGGCGGGCUCACGGAUUAAACCCUUGGUGUGUUGCUGUUGCGUAAUGUUUAAUUUGACCUCGAGAAAGGGGGAGCGGAGGAAGGGGAAUGUGUAUUGUAUUUGGACCGUACCGGUUGCCCCGUAGGUGUUGGCUUAGAUUCCUGACCUGGCUAGAUCUGAAGACUGCCUUCUGGCCCAGAUUCUUGCCAGAUACGAUUACGACGAGAUACCCGUCUG